UAGUUUGCUUUCAUUAGUGUCUUGAGUGCAAAAGUUUGCGCAGAUUGAGGUUGCCAAUAAGAUAGAAUACUAGAUUAAGUGGACAUGUGAAUGAAUUUUAUAGGCUAACAUUCAUUUAAAAGUAUUAUUUCAAAGUGAGAAUUAAAAAACAAUAACGUUUAAAAAACAUGUUGUUGGACAUGUGAUCACGUGACUAGAAUCCAACAUGGCGGUGUGUAUUGCUGUCAUCGCUAAAGAGAAUUACCCCUUGUACAUCAAGAGUGUUCCUACUCAAAAUGAGUUGAAGUUCCACUACACGGUGCACACAUCCUUGGACGUGGUCGAGGAGAAGAUAUCCGCUGUUGGGAAAGCAAUGGCAGACCAAAGGGAGCUCUACCUUGGCCUGCUCUACCCCACAGAGGACUAUAAAGUAUAUGGGUAUGUUACUAACUCCAAGGUGAAGUUUGUAAUUGUGGUGGACUCAUCUAACACAUCAUUACGGGACAAUGAGAUAAGAAGUAUGUUUAGAAAAUUACACAACUCCUUCACUGAUGUGAUGUGCAACCCAUUCUACAAUCCUGGGGACCCUAUUCAGUCUAAGGCUUUUGAUGGUAUGGUAUCUGCAAUGAUGGUGCAAGCUUGUUAAUGUUCCCCAGUGUUCAUCCAAACUGUACAUACCACCCUGAAACAUCUUACAUUACAUAUUCCCUUGUUUGUUUAAAUUUAGCCUCAUGUCUAAUAUCAGUGAAAUAAAUAGAAGUGAAAAAAAAACACAA